AUGUCUCUGAGUUUGUUGAAAAUCUGCGUGUUGCUAUUGGUUUUAUUUUUAAGUUUGGAGCAAAUCACUAGCCAACGAAAGGUGUGCGGUACAGCGUUGGAUAUGGUCCUGGACACCAUUUGCGAAAACGGUUUCAAUACAAAAUUCAAGAAAUCUUUGGAAUGGGGUCAUCAUGGCAGCAAUGAACUGGAAGAUGAGUUGCCCUUCCGCUUCUCGUCUUUUCCUUUCCUAGGUAAGUUUCAUGGUGAUGAAGUUGACACAUUGGCUAAGACCCGUCGUCGUCGUGAGGGAAUAUACGAUGAAUGUUGCCGCAAGUCUUGUACCUACAGCGAGUUAUUCUCAUACUGCAAAUAA